AUGCGUGUUUUGCCGGCCACUCCUAAGAACCGUAGACACCAAGGUCCCCAGUACAACAACCAGUUCGGUGGACAGCCGCAGAUGAUGCAGCCUCCUCCGGUCCCCCACCAUAGCGGCAUGGGUGGUGCUAUGGGUGGUGCUCAAUGGAUGCCCCCGCAGGCCGAUGGCACCGGUGGUAGCUUCCAGCUACUACCAACGGGUGAUGAUCCGUUUACUGGUCUGGGUUAG